AUGUAAGGUACUUUUUAGAAGGAAGCUCUAACUAAAAUCUUUGCUGAAGUUAAAGAUGUAAACGAACAAAUUUUUGGAGUCAUAUUAGAAAUUUUUCAAAAGGAAAAAGUUUAAUGCUGCAUUGGAUAUCUUUCAGACAAUGGAAAUCAAAGAAUUUUAGAAUAACACAUCUUUCAAAGGGAGAAUUUAAAACUAGUCGCUAAUGAGUAAAAAUUGUAUGUUGUUAGAAAUAACAUUUAACAAAUAGCUAAUGUCUUAACAAAACUAAAAGAUCAUGAAUUUAAUAAAACAGACUAUUCUUUUGAUGAAUAUUAAGAAGCUGUCCACUAUCUAAUAAAAAGAAUAAAGGAUGAGAGAUAGAUAAUAGAAUUUUUGUAAUUUUUAGUUAAUCUCACAUACAUAGAUAAAACUUUAAUUCAAUGUGGGUCAAAUUCAUUACAUGUCUUAGUUUAGAUGAAGGUUGAUCUGAGAAAUAAAAAUUUUUAAAAUAUUAAGAUCUAAAAUACCUCUUUGUUGGGAGCUAAUUUUGUUAGAUGUAAUUUAUCAGGAUCUGAAUUGAACAAUGUUAACAUAAGUGGAAUGAAUUUGAAUGGAGCUUUAUUAGUAAAUUGUAAAUGGAAAAAAUUAAAAAUACAUGAGUUAAAUAAAUUUGAUGGUGAGAAAGGAUGUGUGGAGUCAGUCAGUUUCUCUCCUGAUGGAAAAACAUUAGCAUCUAGCAGUACUGAUAAAUCUAUUCGCCUAUGGGAUGUAAAAACAGGAUAAUAAAAAGCCAAAUUAGAUGGCCAUACUAACACUGUCUAAUCAGUCUGUUUCUCUCCUGAUGGAAAUAUUUUAGCAUCUGGUAGUAUGGAUAAGUCUGUCCGUCUAUGGAAUGUAAACAUAAAAAAACAAAUAGCAAAAUUGGAUGGUCACUCUUGCGAGGUAAACUAAGUCUGUUUAUCUCCUGAUGGAAAUAUAUUAGCUUCUUGUAGUAAUGAUAAGGCUAUCCUUUUAUGGGAUACUAAAACAGGAUAAUAAAAAGCCAAAUUGGUUGGUCACAAUAAUUGGGUAAUCUCUCUCUGUUUCUCUCCUGAUGGAAAAACAAUAGCAUCUGGCGGUACUGAUAAGUUUAUCCUUCUAUGGGAUGUUAAAAAAGGAUAAUAAAAAGAAAAAUUAUAUAAUCAUAGUGAAACUGUCUACUCAAUCUGUUUCUCUCCUGAUGCAAAUAUAUUGGCUUCUGGUAGAGUAGAAACAAUUAUUUUAUGGGAUUUAUAAACAGGAUAAUUGAAAGCAAAAUUUGAUAAUCAUAAUAGCAUUAUCAAAUCAGUUUGUUUCUCUCCUGAUGGAAAUACAUUAGCAUCUGGCAGUAGUGAUACAUCUAUCCGUCUUUGGGAUGUAAAAAAAGGUGCAUAAAAAGCCAGAUUAGAUGGUCAUUGUGGAAAUGUAUUAUCAGUCUGUUUCUCUCCUGAUGGAACAACAUUAGCAUCUGGCAGUAGUGAUAAGUCUAUCCGGCUAUGGGAUGUAAAAACUGAAUACUAAUAAAAUAAAUUAGAUGGUCACACUAAUUGGGUCACAUCUGUCUGUUUCUCUCCUGAUGAAUUUACAUUAGCUUCAGGUAGUAUAGAUAACUCUAUCUGUUUGUGGGAUUUUAAAACAGGAUAAUUAAAAGCCAAAUUAGAGGGUCAUACUCACGCUGUCUAAUCAGUCUAUUUCUCUCCUGAUGGAAAAACAUUAGCAUCUGGAAGUAUUGAUAAAUCUAUCCGUUUAUGGGAUGUAAAAACAGGAUAAUAAAAAGCCAUAUUGGAUAGUCACAUUGGAUUUGUAUACUCAGUCUGUUUCUCUCCUGAUGGAACAACAUUAGCAUCUGGCAGCACUGAUACAUCUAUCCACCUAUGGGAUGUAAAAACCGAAUAAUAAUAAGACAAAUUAGAUGGCCACACUAACAUUGUAAAAUCAGUCUGUUUCUCUCCUGAUGGAAAAACAUUAGCAUCUGGCAGUUUUGAUGCAUCUAUCCGGCUAUGGGAUGUAAAAACAGGAUAAUAAAAAGCCAAAUUAGAUGGUCAUAUUUACGCUGUCUGCUCUGUCUGUUUCUCUCCUAAUGGAAAUAAAUUAGCGUCUGGUAGUGAUGAUAACUCAAUCCUUAUAUGGAAAAUUAAAACAUUAUAAUAAUACACAAAAUUAGAUGGUCAUACUAGCACUGUUGAUUCAGUCAGUUUCUCUCCUGAUGGAAAAACAUUAGCAUCUGGCAGUUGUGAUAAAUCUAUCCGUUUAUGGGAUGUAAAAACAGCAUAAUAAAAAGCCAAAUUAAGUGGUCAUAGUGGAUAUGUAAAAUCAGUCUGUUUCUCUCCUGAUGGAAAUACAUUAGCAUCUGGCAUUACAGAUAACUCUAUCUGCUUAUGGGAUGUUAAGACAGCAAAAGAAAGAUCAGCAGCAAAUAAAAGUUACAAAGAUACUCUUGAAUAAUUUAACACCCCUUUAUUUUAAAAUAACCUUCAUUCAGGUAUAUAUUUUUAAUUGUUAUUUAGUUUCUAAUUAUUAAAUUCUUGUAAUAUCUGAAUAAAUUAUAUUAAAAGCAUAUGGAACAUAUAUCUUGAAAGGAGAGUUUGUCAAUCAUUCAGGGAAAGAUUUAAGCCCAUUAUUUAUUUCGAAAGGAAGUUGUUUUUUGGAAAAUUAGUUAUACAUAAAUUAACAAUGUAAUUGA